AUGACUGGUCGUGGUUUAACAGAAGAACAAAUAGAUGAAUUAAGAGAAACUUUUGGCUUAUUUGAUAAAGAUCAUGAUGGACAGAUCACAAUACAAGAAUUACGUUCAAUGAUGAAAUUGUUCAAUCGACCGUGUUCAUUAGAUGAAGCAAAAGAGAUUAUGUCAGAAGUUGAUAAAAAUAAUGAUGGUGUUAUUGACUUUAGAGAAUUUGUUGAACUAAUGUAUCCGUUAAUGACAUCAAAUAAUAUGGAUGAGGCAAAUUUACGAGCAUCAUUUGAAUUUUUUGAUAAAGAUAAAGAUGGGAGUAUUACAACAAAAGAGUUGAAAAGUGUUCUGCAAAGUUUACACUUAAAGCUAACUGACAGUGAAAUUGAUGAAAUGAUCUGUGAAGCGGAUGCUGAUAAAAACGGGACUGUAUCCUUUGAAGAGUUUAAAUCUGUCAUGAAUAAAUGUAAAAAGUAACAAGCUUGUGUGUGUG